CCAUCUUCCUCUCCCGAAUCAGAUCCAAACUGCCCAUCUCGCCGUCCAAUUCCACCUUCCGCCGUAGCAGAUGGCAAGAUCCUUGGCAACACCGUGGCGUCACCACCUUCACCCCAUCCCGCCAAUUUCUACGUUCCCGACCGCCCCCAGAACCGCCCGGUUCGCCAUCUCCCGCACCCUUAAAUCGGCCCCCUUCCCCUUAAACUCCGGUCCACAUGUGCGCCACGUUCCUCUGAGUCGUCGUACUGUUCUCGGACGUCCCAUCGCCGCCACCAUGAACUUUCUCUCCCCUGCAGCCUCUGAUGCUCUCCCGUUGCUCCAAUACCCGCCGGCCCGGCGGGACGAGUCCGUCGUCGACGACUACCACGGCGUUCCCGUCGCUGAUCCCUACCGAUGGUUGGAGGAUCCGGAUGCGGAGGAGGUGAAGGAGUUCGUGGAGGGGCAGGUGGCGCUGACGGACUCGGUUCUGGCGAGGUGCGAGGAGAGAGAGAAGCUACGAGGGCAGAUAACGGCGCUGUUUGAUCAUCCCCGGUAUGAUACGCCCUACAAGCGAGGUGGAAAGUAUUUCUACUAUCAUAACACGGGCCUUCAGGCGCAGAGUGUUCUAUAUGUUCAGAAAGACUUGGAUGGAGAGGCAGAGGUUCUCUUGGAUCCUAACAAACUUAGCGAGGAUGGUACAGUGGCUCUCUCGAUGGCUUCUGUUAGCAAGGAUGGGCAGUUUUUCGCUUAUGGGCUUAGUGCAAGUGGAAGUGAUUGGGUUACGAUCAAGGUGAUGAGGGUUGAUAGCAAGACACCAGAGCCUGAUACCAUAUCAUGGGUAAAAUUCUCAUCAAUUAUCUGGACCCUUGAUGGAAAAGGUUUCUUCUAUGGUCGGUAUCCGUCUCCCAAAGAAGGGGUUGAAUUGGAUGCUGGGACGGAGACAAAUAUCAAUCUGAAUCAUGAGCUCUACUAUCAUUUCUUAGGCACUGAUCAGUCAGAGGAUAUAUUAUGCUGGAGGGAUCCGGAGCAUCCAAAGUAUAUCUUUGAUAGUUAUGUCACUAAUGAUGGCAAGUAUGUUCUUUUGUAUAUUGAGGAAGGCUGUGAUCCUGUCAAUAAGUUGUAUUACUGUGACCUGUCCUCACUUUCUAAUGGGCUUGAAGGUUUUAAAGGGAGCAAUGAAAUGCUUCCUUUUGUCAAACUUGUGGAUACCUUUGAAGCAUGCUAUAGUUUGGUGGCAAAUGAUGAUGGUGAGUUUACCUUGUUGACAAACAAAGAAGCUCCAAAGUAUAAGUUAGUAAGGAUAGACCUUAAGAAGCCAGCAUUGUGGAGUGACAUUCUGCCAGAGGAUGAAAAGGAUGUGUUAGAAUCAGCUUAUGCUGUCAACAGUAACCAGAUUUUGGUGUGCUAUCUUAGUGAUGUCAAGCAUGUUCUGCAGAUAAGGGACUUGAAAACAGGAAACUUGCUACAUCCUUUACCAUUAGAUGUUGGUAGUGUCUCUGGGAUUUCUGGCAGGCGUGAAGACAGUGAGAUUUUCAUUAGCUUCACUAGCUUCCUCACUCCAGGGAUCAUCUACAGGUGCAACUUAGCAUCUGAAGUUCCAGAGAUGAAGAUUUUUCGAGAAAUUUCUGUUCCUGGGUUUGAUCGCACAGAUUUUGAGGUUAAACAGGUUUUUGUUUCUAGCGAGGAUGGCACCAAAAUACCCAUGUUUAUCGUGUCAAAGAAGAAUAUUGAACUUAAUGGAUCGAAUCCAGUUUUACUGUAUGGCUAUGGAGGCUUUAACAUUAGCCUUCCACCUUCAUUUAGUGUGGCUCGUCUUGUUCUAGCGAGGAACUUGGGAUGCAUCUUCUGUAUAGCCAAUAUUCGUGGUGGUGGUGAAUAUGGAGAAGACUGGCAUAAAGCGGGAUCACUUUCCAAGAAACAAAAUUGUUUUGAUGAUUUUAUUUCUGCUGCUGAGUUCCUUGUUUCAAAUGGUUAUACCAAACCUGAACGUCUAUGUAUUGAGGGUGGAAGCAAUGGCGGGCUUCUUGUUGCAGCUUGCAUGAAUCAGCGUCCGGACCUUUUCGGGUGUGUUCUUGCUCAUGUUGGUGUUAUGGACAUGCUCCGGUUCCACAAAUUCACUAUUGGUCAUGCUUGGACUUCUGACUAUGGCUGUUCAGACAAUGAGGAAGAGUUCCAUUGGCUUAUCAAAUACUCCCCGCUACACAAUGUAAAAAGACCUUGGGAAAAAAGCUCCGACCAAUCUUGUCAGUACCCAUCAACCAUGCUUUUGACUGCUGAUCAUGAUGAUCGUGUGGUGCCUUUACACUCAUUGAAAUUACUGGCAACUAUGCAAUAUGUCCUAUGCUCCAGUGUUGUGAACAGUCCACAGACAAACCCGAUAAUUGCCCGCAUCGACCGUAAGGCAGGACAUGGAGCUGGCCGGCCUACUCAGAAAAUGAUCGAUGAAGCUGCUGAUCGCUAUAGCUUCAUGGCGAAGGUGCUAGGGGCCACAUGGACCGACUAAAGUUAUCGUUCUGUCGGUGUCGAUGAUGUCAUUCUUUACGUACAUGAUUAAUAUUCCAAAUUCAAUUCUCAUUUUUAAGAGUCCAUUUCAUUUCCUUAUCGAUGUGUGUUGAUGAAUGGAUACAAUUAUCUCCUCUUGUAUUCUUUCCUUUUAAUUCAAACUAUUUCCAUAUUACUGCA